AAGACCAAGAAGGAAAAAAACUUCAAAAGUGCAAAAAAGCGAAGCGCAUCAGCAUCAGCAAAUUCUGUACGUGUGAAGUGAACAGCCAUUCCAAAACAAAAACAUCCGCGGAGAAAAUAAGUGAUACUGUCACGAAAUUAACCGGGAGAAGGAUAAAACAUUCGUUAACCGACAUCCGGCGGCAAUGCGUAUGACGAGAUUUUCACGCGGCCGUCCAGACUACGGCGGUGGUGGAGGUCGAAGAGGCCCACCGCCUUCCAAUGGUGGUCGCUUUCGAGGAGGUCGUGGCAUGUCGCCACCCAGUCGUUACCCAUCGCGACAGCAAAGACGCUCGAGUUUCGAGGGUCCUCCUUCCUAUCGGUUAGGGCCACCGAUGCAGCAGCACGCAAGGACGGAACACUAUCCCCAAACGAGCGGUGGCGGUCGCCACCAGCCUCAUCACCGGAUGAGUGAAGAAUUUCGUGGAUCAUAUUCACACCAGGCACCGCAGCACAGUCGCCCACGGCGAGAGCCUCACCAGCAGCUCACUCCGCACCUGAUCGAGCGGGCGCGAUAUCCGGAUCAUCGAUACAGAUCUCCGAUCGAAAUGAUAGCAAAAAGCCCCUCGAUUGAAAAAGAGAUAAAACCGAGGCUACCACGUGAACGGGGUCGUAGUCCCCCCCUAGAUCGAAGACGAACCAAGAAGCGAGACCGCAGUCUUAGUGCUGCCCUCAGUGAUAUAAGUUCUGGCAGCAGUUUCUUCGCCGACGUUGUGGACAGCGAUGCGUACGCCAGUCCGGAUUACGAUGAAUUAACCAGCGAGGAGGAGGAAGAAAUCGAUGAAGCUGACGAGGAAGGCGAAGAGGAAGAAGAGGAAGAGGAAAUACUAGAAGAAAUUGUCAAGCGAAAGAAGAGAAAGAAAGACAAGAAGAAGAAAGAACGUGAACGAAAGCAGCGAAAGAAGGAGAAAAAACGUAAGAAGGAAAUUCUAGAGGAGAGAAUCUGUCCUCCGGAACAUGAUGUUGCUCAAUCGAAGGAAAUUUUCUCAUCGGGAAAGAACAUUUUGGUCAGUGUAAGCUUUGCUGAUGGGGAUCGCGAGGAUGCGGCUGCAGCAGAACGUGCUUACCGAAAAGCUAAGAAGAAAAAAGCCAACCGAAAGAAAACAAAGACAGAAAGCAAACACAAGGACGAUCGCAAGAAGCAUGAUGACUCGGAAGAGUACCCAUCGACAAGUCAACGAAAGAAACGUAAAGUGGAUGAAAAUGUCAAACCAGUGGCGAUAAUUGAUUUGGAACGUUCGCCCGGCAAGCAGCUGAUCUCCAGUCCCAAGGAAGUGAUCGUCCUCAGUGACGAAGAAGGCGGCAAUAAGAAAAAGAGCAAACCGACCAACGAUCUGGUCGGACCAAACACUCCUCCGGAACCGGCACCCAAAUCGCCGGAAUCAUACGAUCCCUUCGAACCGACCAAAUCUCCUACAGAGUCACCUGCUUCGGGGCAUAAUCUGGGCAGCAUAUCCACCGUGAGCUAUCCGGAGCAUCACCAUCAACACCACCACCAUCAUCAUUUGCAUCAACGACAACCGAAGGAUGCCCAGUUGGCUAUUUCUCAAGCAUCGGUCGAUCUCAACAGUGCCGUCGGCGACCACUACGACGAUAGCAUUCUGGACCUGCAUCCGUCGUCACCGAUGGAUCAACUGUCGCCACGAGGGCCGUUCCGACAGUCGCCACUCAAAGCGCAUCGACCUUCUCCGAUGAAAAAGUCAAGCCAUGCUACGGCUACGAUCACUUCAGGAGCUUUGGCACCGGGAACGACAGCCACGGGUUUGCAAGCGUUUGGCGAAGACAUGGACGAUGGAGAUAUUUCACCGUACUCGCCGCGGUCCAGUGACUGCGAUGAUCAUAUGUUUGAUCCGCCGCCGGAGGGUAGCUCCGCCAAUGGCAGCCAGCAACAACCGAAGACCAUAGCCCUCACGGUGGACAACUUGAGGAAGGUGUUCGGAAACGAUAAAAAGACACUGUACGGGGACCUGAGGAGGCCGAACGAGGCCGUUUUGGUGGUGGACGAAAUGUACAAACCGCAACGAGUGACGAUGGAGAUGCUCGAUGAAAUGCCAAACUCUGCAGUUGAUCUCCAGAUCAAAGAAAAGUUGAUACAAAAAUUGCAACGUCAGGAGCGGAUCAUUGAAGAGGUCAAGCACUUCCUGAAACCACACUUCAACAAAAAGCGCAUCAACAAGGACGAGUACAAGGACAUCAUGAAAAAGUCCGUUCCGAAGAUAUGCCACAGUCGCUCCGGUGAGAUCAACCCGGUCAAGGUCCAGAACCUGAUUGCCGCGUACGUGAAGAAAGCGAUCGCGAAGCGACGCAUCGCUGGCCACAGUGGUAACGCGAUAGUGUCGUCCACUACGGCGGUCACGUGAGAACAAUGAUCGCGAACGAGAAGUCUCGCGAACAAGAGUUGUACUACGCGUCGUCGGAGGGAGGACGUGUCGUGCGGUCUCGAAACGGGUGGUUGAGUGUUGUUGUUGUCCCGCGUGAUUCCGUAUGGCGGCGGUGCUCCGGUGUUUUUUUGAGGGGGAGAGAAAAAGCAGAAGCAGCACUACUGUUGGAAAGAAGAAUCUUUACGUUAAGGUUAAAAGGCAUUGCGAGACUAAGUGAGGUAGAAGUUGUGGAGGUCUCAGAAGAUGUUGCAACACGUGUUUUAGGGAACAUGAUGUGAAUUAGUGUCUCAGGUGAAACUUGCAAGUAUUUAAGUGAAGCGUAUCACUCUGAGAGCAGAAACAAAACAAAAAUGGCAGGAAGUGUGCAGCAAAAUCGUUUCCAGGAAAGCUGAACGAUCUACAUAAUUGUAUUAUAGAAUAACUCAGCUGUGCACGGUAAAAGGCAAUGUGCAAAUGGAAAAGUGUAAGUGAAAGAGUGGAUAAAUCGAGCGUAUGUAGGAUAGUCCUAAGUUGUGGAGCAACGGAGCGUAAGUUAUAAUUUAUAAAUUUUAUUUUUAUUAUACAAACAAACAUUUCAUCAUUAAUACAGAGUAAUGAUAUUCAAGUGAAA